AUGACUCUUGCUAAUGGUCCACUACGACCAUUCUUUGCUAUCUUACUUCGGACAGUCCUUAAUCUCAAUGUAGAGAAGUUAUGUCUUAUACUAUCAGGAACAGGAAUGAGUUUUAACGAUAUCAAGAUUCAUGCUGCCUCUGCUAUUGCUAAAUCUGGUGGUUCCACAUUCAAGAAUUUUUUCAGUAUACAUGAUGGAUUUUACAAAUGUAUCCAGUUACUGGAACAUGCUCUAUCAAAUACAUCUUCAAUAUCCCAGAGUAAUGUGAAUGAAAGUGUGGAGAAUUGGCAAUGUAAAACGAAGGAUUUCAUAAUUACAACCUUUAAUGAAUCAUGUUUUCUUUAUUUACUGAAAGGAGAUGAAGGUGCCGAAAUGGUUCAAUAUGGGUUUUCUCAGCUUUGCAGUUUUGAACAUCUAGAAGAUCUAAACGCGCUUCAAAUGGAUGCCAUUUCAAUACAAAUAGCAGAACUGGUUCCCAUCUUGGUGAUUAGAGAAUAUAUAAAAAAGCAUCCUGAUGAAUUUGAGGCCCAGCAUUGUGAAAUCUAUGUUCAGUUCAUUAUAAUGCAUCAUUUGCAGGAUAUUUAUAAGCUGGAAUUACAACUCUCUUAUAAAGCAAUUAUUCGUAACCUUGAUAACUGCAACUUAACCAUACUUUAA